AUGGAGACGGCAGUUCCCAGGACCGAUCUGAUCAUUCCCCAGCUGCUGCUAUUCAGCCAAAUAGUUGUGGCCGCAGAGCCGCUGCUCCGAGGCCUGAAGAAACUCCCUGAAGACAUCGACUGGUCGUACUCAGGCACCCUGAACCAGCGCAGCUGGGGUAAGAAGUACCCGUCCUGUAACAGCGCCCGGCAGUCUCCCGUGGACAUCGACGAAACGUUUACCCAGGUUCGGCUGCAGUACCAAAACCUGCAACUAGAGGGCUGGGACCAACUGACGGCAGAGUCCAGCACCAUUCACAACAAUGGGAAGACUGUGGCCAUUAAUGUGGAAGGGGAGUUCUUUGUGAGCGGAGGAGGGCUGAGCUCCAGGUUUCGUGUCAGUAGGAUCACCUUCCACUGGGGCCGCUGCAACGCAACGUCAGAUGGGUCCGAGCACAGCCUGAAUGGGAUGAAAUACCCUCUGGAGAUGCAGAUCUACUGUUACGAUCCAGAUGACUUUCAUAGUCUGGAUGAUGCGAUUAGGGAGGGAGGGAGGGUGGCUGCCUUGGUUGUGCUCUUUGAGAUCAGCCUGGACGACAACGAGAACGUUAAUCCAGUUGUUGAUGCCGUCAACACCGUCAGCAGGUUUGGUAAGAGCGGGUCAUUGGAAGCUUUCACCCUGCGGUCCCUGCUGCCCAACAACACAGAUAAAUAUUACAUUUACAAUGGUUCCCUGACCGCUCCUCCCUGCUCUGAAACGGUGGAAUGGGUCGUCUUCAAACAAACCGUGGCCAUAUCAGAAACACAGUUGGAGGCGUUUUGUGAGGUGAUGACCAUGGAGCAGGCCGGGUAUGUGAUGCUGACAGAUUACCUCCAGAACAACUUCAGGGAGCAGCAGCAGCAGUUCAUGGGUCAGGUGUUUGCCUCGUACACCGGAGUGGAGGACGUGCUCACACCCACCUGCAGCUCAGAGCCAGAGAACGUUCAGGCCGACGCCCAGAACGACACCACCAUCGUGGUGACGUGGGAGCGUCCCCGCGUGGUUUACGACACCACCAUCGACUGGUACACCGUCACCUACCAGAGGCUGCAGGGCCGAGACCAGAGCAAGCAGGAGUACCGGACAGACGGGGACCAGGAUGUGGGUGCCAUCAUUUCCAGCCUGCUGGCCAACAGCAGCUACGUGGUUCAGGUGGUGGCUAUUUGUACCAACGGACUGAGAGGACGAUGGAGCGACCAGAUUAUAGUGGACAUGCCGCUGGAAGACCCUGAAAGUGAUUCGGAUCCUGACGCAGGCACAAAAGAUUUGGACGGCAACAGGGAGUUCUCGUCUAAAUCCAGAUGGGGGAAGCCUGAGAACCAAAAUCAGGUGGAUUUGUCUCCAGAGGACCACAGCCCUGUGGAGGAGAUCCCACUGGAGCAGACCAGAGUUUACCAGAACCAGCCUACACGCCACCAGGACCAACCGAGAGACCAAACCCAAGCGAACCAGAACAUCCCGGUCCAGUUCAGCACCCGUUCAACCCCAAAGCCUUCCUCUGAUUCUGCAGUUCUGCAGAAAACUCGACUCAACCAGACUGUGAAAAAGAAACCAGGCCGAAACAGGUCUAAACCAGAUGAUAUGGAUCAGAACUGGAUUGAUGAGGACAGGAGGAUCCCAGCACACCGGACCUUUACUAAUGCGGGUUUUGACAGCAAUGGUGCGAUCUGGGUAACUGAGGUAACUGAACAGCCGGGCUUCCUGUUUCCAGUCGCUCGGACCACGACGCUGCCGACGAUCCACAGACAGAUCACAGAAGAGGCUUCACUGGCAGUGCUGCCACAUCAGUCAAGGGAUCCCAUUCCACCAGACCAAGCUGGUGAAAGUGGCCUCCCCUCUGCCCAGUCCGAGCUCUACACCCCUCCUGUGGAGGAAAUCCAGGUCACAGAUAUCUUCUAUGAAGACACAGUCAACAACUUCCCAUCGGACACCACCACCACCUCGGCUGCAUCAGAGUAUCCUGCCGCUGUGCUGCCAGGUGAAAAAGUGGACAGAGUCUCCCUGCCAUCCUCUGAAGACGGCGACGCCCCUGUGAACAAACCCGUCCCAGAAACGCUCGAUUCAGUUUCCUCCUCCCCCUCCUCCCUCUGGAUCACAGCACGGGCGGCGACUCCCAGCAACACCCUCGCCGAAUCGGUCUACAAAACAUUCACCACCUCCUCUCUCCUCAGGGUGCUGAUGCACACGACGCAGCCCAUGUUCACCGAGGGCAGCAACAGCAGUCAUGAGUCUCGGGUCGGGCUGGUCGGAGGCCUGGAGAGGGAGAAGAGGACGGUUGUUCCUCUGGCUGUCGUCUCCACUCUCACCAUCCUCUGUCUGAUGGUACUGGUGGGCAUACUCAUCUACUGGAGAAACUGUUUCCAGGCGGCUAAUUUCUACCCAGAUGACAGUGCAUCACCUAAAGUCAUAUCUGCUCCAUCUACACCCCUGCUGCUGGCCACAGACGGUCACGAGCCGCUGACAGUGAAGCAGUUUGUGAAGCACGUCAUGGAGCUCCACACCACCAACACCUUCUUCAAGGAGUUUGAGAUUGUCAAAGAAUCCUAUGAGGAGGUGCAAGCUUGCACAGUGGACAUGGGCAUCACCGCCGACAGCUCCAAUCACCCCGACAACAAAAGCAAGAACAGAUACAUCAACAUCCUGGCCUACGACCACAGCAGAGUGAAGCUGUCCAGCAGCUUGGACAGAGAUGGGAGAUGUGGCGACUACAUCAACGCUAACUUCGUUGACGGUUACGAGCGAACGAGGGCGUACAUCGCGGCUCAGGGGCCUCUGAGAGCCGGCAGGGAGGACUUCUGGAGGAUGAUCUGGCAGCAGAAUGUCGGAGUUAUCGUCAUGAUCACCAACCUGAAGGAGAAAGGACGGACAAAGUGUGACCAGUACUGGCCGGAGGAGAACCAGGAGGAGUACGGUCCGUACCAGGUGACCCUGAAAAGCAGCCAGACCCUGGCUUACUACACCCUGCGGACGUUCACUGUCAGAGACACCACAAAUAAGGUGUCACACAGGAGAGUUGAACACACAGUGCUGCAUUACCACUACACCCAGUGGCCGGACAUGGGCGUCCCAGAAUACACUCUGCCUGUCCUGUCCUUCAUCAGAGCGUCCUCCCGGGCCCGGACGCAGGAGAUGGGACCUGUCCUGGUUCACUGCAGUGCUGGUGUUGGAAGGACAGGAACCUACAUAGUGAUUGACAGCAUGCUGCAGCAGAUCCAGGAUCAGGGGACGGUCAACGUUCUUGGUUUCCUAAAACAUGUCCGGACUCAGAGGAACUUCCUGGUUCAGACAGAGGAGCAGUACGUUUUCAUCCACGAUGCUCUUGUGGAAGCCAUCUUGAGCCGUGACACCUCGGUGACCUCUGACCUCCUCCACACCUACGUGUCUGACCUCCUGACCCCCGGGGCAUCAGGCAGGACACGCAUGGACAAACAGUUCAAACUGAUCAGUCAGCGUCAGGCGAAGCACGCAGACUACAGCACUGCGCUGAAGGACGGCAACGCUGAGAGGAACAGAGCCAGAGCUCUGAUGCCCGUGGAGAGAUCAAGAGUGAGUCUGAGCACCUCUGAAACAAACUCCACAGGCUACAUCAACGCCUCCUACGUCAUGGGACGUCACCACAGUAAGGAGUUCAUCGUGAGCCAGACUCCUCUGAGCAGCACGGUGGCUGAUUUCUGGAGGAUGAUCUGGGAACACAACACACACACUGUAGUCCGUCUGCCGGACACACACUGUCAGAGUGAAGAGGCGGAGCGUUGUGUCUACUGGCCCAGUAAAGACCAACCAAUGAGCUUUGAGGGUUUCAUUGUGUCAUACUCGGGGGAGGAGCAUGUGUGCUUGUCCAAUGAAGAGAAACUUUUGAUGCAGGACUUUGUAGUGGAGUCUCCACAGAACAAUUAUGUGUUGGAGGUGCGUCAGUACAGCGCCCCCUGCUGGCCAAACCCAGACAGUCCCAUCAGGAACAGCUUUGACCUGGUCAGCACAGUGAGAGAGCACAGCAGACACUCAGACGGACCCACAGUCGUACAUGAUCCGUUGGGAGGUGCCACAUCAGGGCUGUUCUGUGCUCUCACCACCCUGUCCAGCCAGCUGGAGGAGGAGGGGGCUGUAGAUGUGUACCAGGUGGCUCGGAUGACCAACCUCAUGAGGCCUGGGGUGUUUAAUGAUAUAGAGCAGUACCAGUACCUGUACCGGGCUGUGCUCAGUCUGGUGAGCAGCCAGGAGGACCAGCGAGCCCUGCAGAGUCCAGAGACCAACGGAUCUGUACCACUGGGGCAGACCAACAUUGCAGAGAGCCUGGAAUCACUCAUGGCAUCUCGUCGUCUCGUUUGCGCUCAUUGGUCUCGUUUGUAAAGGUCAGAGAGGAGAUGGAGAAAUGUCAGCAGACUCAGAUGUUCUGUUUAAAAUGCAACCUGGAAUUUAAAGUGAUAUUUCACCUAAAAAUCAGACGUUCCUGUAGGUUUGAAUCGAUGUAAGUUGAUGAUGGGUUCUGAUGUUUUCAAAGUAGACAGAAAAUAUCUUGUAGCAGAAAAAUCAAACCAGAGGGAAAUCAUCACAGCAGCUGUGAGUGAGUUAAAGAGAGGAAGGAGUGGAAAGAAACAAACGGCUGAACAAAGUGAUAUUAAUGGAGAUUUUCAGCUCUGAUAAACCUCAGUGGCUCAGACUGAAAAUGAAAUUCAGGAGCUGAGAGCUGCAGUUUCCUCUGCAUCCCUGUGCCACUUGCUAUGACUGUUUUCAUUUUUGAGGGGGUCCAAAUGUUUCCACUGCGUCAGACUAAAUCAAUCAACGUCUGAAUCACUUUCCAGCAGCGCUGCAGCUUGAAUCUGUGUCCCCACUGUACACAGUUGUCUUGGGAAGCAGAAUCAUGAAGGCAGCUGCAGAUCUGUGUGUAAUCUGUCUCAACUCUUUCUGUGUAAAUAUCCCUGAAUACAUCAUAAGGCCAAAUUACUGUAUGUUUAUAUUGUACCUCUAUAUAUUUUCUAUUUUACUAUAAGAGGUGAUUUUCUAGUCAUUUACACAUAUAUAACUGUGUGGAUUCUAUUUGAUAAUUUUAGCCUGGAAAUAUUGAUCAUGUUUAUAGUUUUAAUGGAAUGUUUCUCUUUUUAUCUUCAUGAUUAAGUAGCAGCAUAAUGUCUACACCUUUAUCUCCAGAUGUAAACUGGUGCAGUAUGUAUAUAGCAACAAAA